AUGCUGCCUUCCUCCCGGACCCAGCUGGGUCUCUUCUUCAUCCUCCUCUGCCCCGCAAACAUCAUCGGGCUCUGGUGGGCAGUGGGGAGCCCCCUGGUCAUGGACCCCAACAGCAUCUGCCGCAAGACGAAGCGGCUGGCGGGGAAGCAGGCAGAGCUGUGCCAGCUGGAGCCAGAGAUCGUGCAGGAGGUGGCCAAGGGCACCAAGCUGGGCGUCCGGGAGUGCCAGUACCAAUUCCGCUUCCGCCGCUGGAACUGCACCAGCCACAGCAAGUACUUCGGCAAGAUCCUGCAGCAGGAUAUCCGUGAAACAGCCUUCGUGUACGCCAUCACGGCGGCUGGAGUGAGCCAUGCCAUCACGCAGGCCUGCAGCAUGGGCGAGCUGCUGCAGUGUGGCUGUGAGCUGACACGGAGCCGGGCGCCCCCCUCGCCCACGGCGGGGCCGGGCCCAGAGGGCACCGCCUGGGAGUGGGGGGGCUGUGGGGAUGAUGUGCAGUUUGGCUACGAGAAAUCCCAGCAGUUCAUGGAUGCCAAGAACAAGAAAGGAAAAAAUGAUAUCCGAGCUCUUAUCGACCUGCACAACAACGAAGCCGGGCGCUUGGCGGUGCGCAGCUACAUGAGGACAGAGUGCAAGUGCCACGGGCUCUCGGGCUCCUGCACGCUGCGGACCUGCUGGAGGAAGAUGCCCCAUUUCCGCGAGGUGGGCGAUCGCCUGCUCGAGCGCUUCAACGGGGCUUUCAAGGUGAUGGGAGGCAACGACGGCAAAACCCUCAUCCCUGUGGGCGACAACAUCAAGCCUCCCGAUAAACAGGACCUCAUCUACUCGGCCGACUCGCCUGAUUUCUGCUCGGCUAACCGUAAGACGGGCUCGCUGGGCACCAGGGGCCGUGUCUGCAACAGCACGGCCAUGGACACGAGCGGCUGCGACCUGCUGUGCUGCGGGAGAGGGCACCGGGACGAGACGGUGGUGCUGGAGGAGAACUGCCUUUGCCGCUUCCACUGGUGCUGCGUGGUGCAGUGCCGCAAGUGCUCCGUCCGCCAGGAGCUCAGCCUCUGCAUCUGA